CAUCAGCUGAUCGCUUGCAAGUGAUUCAAAUUUCUACGCAAGAUGACGCAUAUUUUUGUAAACAGUUUUUAGAAUCUAAUUAGUAAUGGAAACCGUAUCUGUUGUGUUGCUUUGAUGACAUGUUGAUCUCAGUGAGGAAUCUUAACAGUCUACGAAGCGUAUAUAUGUUAUUGACAGUUGUACUCCUGUACAUAGAACAAAUGUGAGAUGUGCGAUAUACAGAAAUUGGUGAAUUUAUUGCGCGAGAAUGUUGAUGCUAUCAGCAGUGGACAUAGUUUAUUGGUUCUCACAGUUCCAGUGCUACAAAAAUUGAAUGAGUCGUUUGUUCUUAUAAACGAACAGGCACCAAAUUCCAAGGAUGCUGCGGUCCAGGUGCCGGCAGAUGCCAUCGUGGAGCAGAGGCUGCUGGAUGACCUCGCCUUCCUGCUGCGGCUCGUGCGGAGGACUCCGGGCCUGCGGCUCGUCAGCAGCAGCGCCUGCCACCCGGGGGAGGAGCCGCAGUCGCCGGCCGUCAGCGUCGAGCAGUUCCACUCCCUGCGUCACCUCGUCUUGCACAAGGUGCGGCUGUGCGACGUGCGCGGCCUGUCGACGCUGGCGCCCCGGCUGACUUCCCUGUGCUGUGACGGCGACCCGCAGCAGCUGCUCGCCGCUGCGGGGACCUGGCCGGCGCUGCGGACGGCGACGUUCUGCCGUGCCGGAGUGUCCGCCGUCCCUGUGCCACUGGCCACGGCCGCCCCAGAGCUCGCCGUCCUCGACCUCGGCCACAACCGACUGUGCAACACUGCGGGUGCAGAUUUCUCCGCCUUCCGAUCGCUGAGCCGCCUCGGCCUGGCGUACAACGCGUUCGAAGCCGUCCCGUCCGGACUGCCGCCUGGUCUCACCGCCCUCGGCCUGGCCUGCAACUACGUCGAUACUAUUGACGGUAGGUCGCUCCGUCCCGGUGGAGGUAAUAUAUAA